GAACCGUGUUGUGCUCCUCAGACGAUGGCUCCUCGUAAAGGGAAGGAGAAGAAGGAGGAGCAGGUGAUCAGUCUGGGUCCUCAGGUGGCUGAAGGAGAGAACGUGUUUGGAGUUUGUCACAUUUUCGCCUCCUUCAACGACACCUUCGUCCACGUCACCGACCUCUCCGGGAAGGAGACGAUCUGCCGUGUGACCGGCGGGAUGAAGGUGAAGGCGGACAGAGACGAGUCGUCUCUGCUCACCUGUCUGUCUGCCUGCUCACCUGUCUGUCUGUCUGCUCACCUGUCUGUCUAUGAAGUUAUUGAUUAUUGAUUCUUGUGUUUCAGGACAAAGACUCCUGGUCCUGGAGCUCAGUCUGCUCUCAGAGCUCUGGCUCGGUCCGGCAUGAAGAUCGGACGCAUCGAGGACGUCACUCCGAUCCCGUCAGACUCCACCAGGAGGAAGGGCGGACGUCGCGGUCGCCGGCUGUAAAACGUCACCAAGAUUUUCUGACAAUAAAAAGUUUAAAGC